UUUUUUCAAAUCUAAAAAAGUGUUUCAGACAGCGUUAAGGCUUUGCCUAAAAUGCCUAACAGCUUUCACAGCAGUAAGAGGAGCAAAAAACGGAGAAUCAGUCGCUCAUCAGUUUUUUAGGUUAAAACCAGAGCAGAAGGAGGAAAGCAGCAACUGGGAUAAAGACGAUCAAAGACAAUCACUCAAAAAAGCUGAAGGGAUUGUUUGAUAUCAGACUCAUCUCCAAGCAGCCAUGGUCUUCCUGCUCAUAUCCCUAACCGUGCUGCAUCUGCUCACCUUGACCAUGCUCUUCAUCGCCACCCUGGAGAAGUCCUGGUGGGUAUGGACUGAUACCGAAAUCACAGACCUCUGGUAUAACUGCUUCCAUGAUAAUGCCACGAACACCUGGUUGUGUGCAGCUACGAAUGAGAGCGACUGGCUGCAGUCUGUCCAGGCCCUCAUGGUCCUCUCUGUGGUCUUCUCCUCCAUCUCCUUCCUCAUUUUUCUGGGCCAGCUGCUCACCUUAUCCAAAGGAGGACUCUUCUACUUCACAGGCCUCUGUCAGGCCUUUGCAGGUUUCACAGUCUUUGCUGCUUGCCUCAUCUUCACCUUCCACAGAAAGGAGAUCUUAAAUGACUCCAGAGAUCUGAGCAAAGGACGCUUUGGCUACUGUUUCAUCCUGGCAUGGCUGUGUAUCCCUCUCCUCCUGGUCAGUGGAGUCCUAUAUGUCCACCUGCGCAAGAAGCAGUGAGCCAAAACCCCCCCGAAAGGCUGUAAGCACACAUGAGGAAAUAAGAUGACUGAGAAAGAAAAGAUAAAAAUCUGUUUUAUUUAUAACUCAUGAUCUAUCCUGAGACACAUUGUUAUCACUCAAGACCAGAUCAAGGAAACUAAAAAUCAUUUAACGCUGUAAGAUAAAAAGCUCAUUAUGAAUGUGUUACAUGAAGGAUUCUGACAGGUAUCUGUAUUAGGUAAUGAAUUCCUAACUUGUUGUGCUUAAUACAUGAUUUUUGUAUGUAUAUAUAUUUGUGUUUACUGAUUAAAAAACAAUAAACGGAUUGUUGUCACUUUGUAA